AAAGUGUAGUUUUUCAAUCUUAGAGAUCAUGAGGACCUUCGUACUCUUGGUCGUUCUGGCGAUCUGUGUGACUGAAGUUUUCCCUAGUACUCUCAAUGAACAGCAGAAGGAGAAAUUGCUUCAGAUAAGGAACGUGUGUCUUUACGAGUCUGGCGUCAACCAAUUUGACAUAUUUUUGGCAAAAAAGGCCAUUGGACCGGUCAAAAAACUGGUGCGAGCUUCUCACUGCGUCGCACAAGGAUUGAUCGAACAACAAGAUGAUCCAAUCAUUAAAGAACUGAUCUUACUCGUUCAGCAAACCAUACAGAACUCGAGUUUGUCGCAAAUGAUUGCUCAAGCUGCCCAACUUUGUGGAAAAUUACUCGGAGGAGAGGUUUGUGGAAAGUUGCAUGAGCUGGUCGAGCUGGUCAUCAAAAACGUCCGAAGUGUUUAAGUAGCAUAAAAAGAGAAGUUAUGAAAAUUAUAAGUUAGUAAGAGUUUGAUGAACAAAUAUGAGCCAAAAUAAACAAAAUCUUUAUAUUUAUGACUCUUCCAUUUGUUAUUUUAAUUAAUGAAAUUUGAUGUGUUGAAACUACAUUUUUCAAUAUAUUCUACUUUAAAUAUUUUUGAAAAUUUUUAAGUAUAUAUGUGAGAAAAGGUGGAUUAAGAAAAUUAUCUUAAAGUUUUCUAAAAAUAAAAACAAUUUUUU